AUGGCUAAGCUCAAGGCCGCGCGCGCCACCGACGUCGUCCCGCCCGCCAUGCCGGAGCCGGACAUCGCCGCGGACCUCGACGGCCUAGCGGCCUCCGCCGCGUCGUCGUGCUCGUGCAUCAGAGGUACGACGUGCGGGGCGGAGGCGACGACGACGACGGCCGAGGGACGCCGGCCGCCGCUGGUGGUGAUAGGGCACCGCGGCAAGGGGAUGAACGCGCUGGCGUCGCCGGACCCGCGGCUGCGCGGGGACGUCAGGGAGAACACACUCCGCGCCUUCAACGACGCCGCCGCCAGCCACCCCGCCGUCGCCUACGUCGAGUUCGACGUCCAGGUGACAAAGGACGGCUGCCCUGUCAUCUUCCAUGACAACUUCAUCUACACCCAACAAGAAGGCGAAAUCUCAGGGAAGCGUGUCACCGACCUUGAUCUGGACGAGUUCCUCUCCUACGGGCCCCAAAGAGAGCAGCGGAAGGUCGGCAAGCCACUGCUCCGGAAACUCAAGGACGGGAGGAUCCUCAAGUGGGACGUGCGGUCCGAGGACGCGCUGUGCACGCUGCGUGAGGUCUUCCAGGGCGUCCACCGCCGUGUCGGCUUCAACGUCGAGCUCAAGUUCGACGACGACCUCGUCUACACGGAGGAGAGGCUGACCUGCAUCCUACAAGCCGUCCUCAAGGUUGUCUUCGAGCACGCCGACGACAGGCCCAUCAUCUUCUCCAGCUUCCAGCCCGACGCCGCGCAGCUCAUCCGCAAGCUGCAAGACAAAUACCCCGUGUUCUUUCUGACGAACGGAGGGACGCAGGGGUACGCCGACCCGCGUCGGAACUCGCUGGAGGAGGCCGUCAAGCUGUGCGUCGCCGGCGGGCUGCAGGGGAUCGUGUCGGAGGUCCGCGCGAUACUCAGGCAGCCGUCGGCGGUGGCCAAGAUCAAGGAGGCCAACAAGCUGUCACUGAUGACCUACGGCCUGCUCAACAACGUGCCGGAGGUGGUGUACGUGCAGCACCUGAUGGGGGUGGACGGCGUCAUCGUCGACCUGGUGCGGGAGAUCGCCGAGGCCGUGUCGACGUUCACGGUCACGGCGGCAGUGCACGAGUCCGGCUCCCAGGACGGCGGCGGCAUCGUGGUGGGCGAGAGGAUGGAGAUGGCUGCCGGGGCGGUGGCAGGGACGCCGAGCUUCUCGCCGCGGGAGAUGUCCUUCCUCCUGAGGCUCAUUCCGGAGCUAGUGCAGUAG